GAUCCAUCACCAGGCAGGAACAGGGCAACUUUGGCAGGAGGCGCCGCCAUUGGCUGCCGACCUCACGUGGCCGCCGCCUCACUGUACAUUCAUAUCAUUUUUCUUCUGGCCCCCAUGGAGGAAGUGGGAAAGUUGGCACGGUCACCCAGGACUCCGAAGAGCCGGUCAAUCGGUGACAGAUAGGCACGGCCGGGAUGAACUCCUUCCUCGAUUAUCCGCCCAUCCUCAGCGGCGACUCCGCCACUUGCUCGUCCCGCGCCUCCUACCACCACCACCACCACCCCGACCAUGGGAUUACAACCACUUUCCAGUCGUGCGCUGUCAGUGCCAACAGCUGCGGCGGGGACGACCGCUUCCUCGUGGGCAGGGGGGUCCAGAUUAGCCCCCACCCCCACCACCCCCACCACCAGACUGGUGCUUACCAGCAUCACCCCAGUCUGGGGAUGUCCUACUCACACCCCAGCUGUGGGCCCAGCUACGGUGCGCAGAACUUCGGCGCGGGGGGCUACGGCCAUUACCCUCUCGGGCAAGAGGCGGAGAUUAAUGGGGGCUACCCCCAGUGCGCUUCGGCCCUCUACUCUGGAAACGUCUCCUCUCCCAUGGUUCAGCACCCUCCCGGUUAUUCUGGGGGCGCCGUGAGCUCUGCUCAGUACCUGCCCCACUCUUACGGGGACGAGCAACAGAGCUUAUCCCUCACGAAUUACAGCCACCCCUUGUCUCCUCUUCAUUCAAGCCACCAGGAGACCUGUGGCUCGCCUUCUUCGGAGACCUCCCCUCCAGCUCAGACCUUUGACUGGAUGAAAGUGAAAAGGAAUCCGCCAAAAACAGGCAAAGCCGGCGAGUAUGGCUACAUCGGCCAGCCGAACACCGUCCGGACCAACUUCACCACCAAGCAGCUGACGGAACUGGAGAAAGAGUUCCACUUCAACAAGUACCUGACCCGGGCCCGCAGGGUGGAGAUCGCGGCUUCCCUGCAGCUGAACGAGACCCAGGUCAAGAUCUGGUUCCAAAACCGCAGGAUGAAGCAGAAGAAGAGGGAGAAGGAGGGCCUGCUGCCCAUCUCCCCCGCCACCCCCACCGGAAGCGAGGAAAAAACGGAGGAGUCCUCUGAAAAGUCCAGUUCGUCCCCCAGUACCCCCUCACCAGCUUCCUCUACCUCAGACACUCUGAGUACCUCGAAUUAAACGCUGCUGCUCAGUCCCCUGUCGUGGCCUUGCAGGCACAACAACACAACCCCAGGCACUGUUGGUUUCCAGGGACUUCACACUCCAAAGCAUUAGUCACCUCUAGGUGUAUCUGGAAGCAAAUCCCCUUGAUUUCAAUGGGAUUUACUUCUAAAUUAGGAAACUCAGUCCAGCCCUAGCUCAGCUAGCCAGGCCUCAGUCCUAAACCAUGGGAUGCGGGGGAUGCAGGACAACCGUUUGCACCUAGGAAGGCAGUUGCUUUCCAUGGGGCCUAUUCCCAGGUGGAGGGCUAUUUCAUUUAUACCCCAUUUAUUUUGUUGGAGUUUAGCACCUGCUAACUUCAGAUGGACUGUGCCCAGUGAGUUUAGGAUUUUAGCCUUAAUAGGUUCUAGUUAUCAUACUGAGGUUGUCCUGUGUUCAGUAUUCCUCUUCGUCCCCAAGCCCUGUGGACAAGGGGGUGGUGGUGGUGGUGGUGGUGGUUUUCAUUUCUAGGCCAUUUGUGGGAACAAUCAAACGAACGCGAUAGACUGGAAUAAAGUUGCCAUGGAAGAAAACUUUGAAGGAAGCGAACAUGGAAAAACUACCCCCCAAAAUCCCAUGGCAGAUGCACUACUGAAAGCGUUUACACGAGUUCUAUCAUUGUUUAAUUUAAAGUCUCCUUUUCCUUGUGUGUAUGAGUUUGUUGGGUGUAAAUACUUUCGUCCAAGAGAUUUAUCUUUUUACGGAUUUUUCUAGAAAUGUUUAGAUAGAUUAUGAGCUUAAACAGGGUAGAUGCAUUCUCACUUGCUCCGAUUUUAUAGCGGGAAAAAGUGAGGAUGUCAGGAACCAAAAGUGUUCAACUUAAUCAGAUACCUCAAAAGAAAAAAAAAUCACUGUUGUUUCUUUGAAGGAGCUUUAAAAAAGAAAGCCCAAAUUGCACUAGGUUUUUUCUAAGCCUUGCUUGAUGUCUGCUUUCCCCCCUUUCCCUCCCAGAUCUGUGCUGGUUUAUUCUUGCCCUAUUGUUAUUAUAAUUAUUAUUAUUUUUAAAUUAAAGACCACACCUCCUGCCUUUGUUCUCUUUCACCUUUCCUGAAACGACGUCUUUUCGGGCCAGUUCCUGAAUCUGAUCAAUGGCCAAACGAAUGUAUAUUCCCCUCCUCCCGUGAUUCGUGUGUGGAAGUUUGCAUGAUGCACAAAGCUUUGAUGUACUAAGUUAACACUGAGUUCUAUCAGUUGUCAUUUGUGAUGGAGUACCUCUCUGUUUUUUUCUGUACAAUCAUUCACGGUUCUGAGAUUCUGUGGUGGAGGGGGAAAGAGGCUGGAAUCCAGAGCAAAGUUUUACGGGUCCUACAAAUCUCUGUAAUAAAUAUAUUAAUAUGUCAGG